AUGGCCUCCAUCCCUCAUUCUAAAGCCAACAAUCUUAAAACCAAAAAAACCACUUGCCUGAGUUUCAAUUCAAUGGCUUCAAUCCAGCAUGCCAAACCCGCCAAUCAAACGAACCACCCUAUUCAGGGCCCAGCCAAUGACAAACCCAAAAAUGAAACUUGCUAUCAGGGGAGCAAUGAACACAAAUUCACCAACAAAGUGAAAGAGAAGGUGAAUUCAGCUCGCAAAAUAUUAACCGAACAUAUUCACAAUGAACACCAUACACAUCAAGAUCAUACCAGAAUCUGUGCCAACCACCGGCAGCAACUUAUGCGCCGGGGUUCAGAUAUGGCGUAUGGUGACGUAACCGAGAAAAAAAAUAAAGAAGGGCAUGCAUUUAGUUGCAUGCCUAAAAAGCAACACCUGCUGAAGAAGAACAAGAACAGAAAGGAAGGCGAGAAUAACAAUAAGAGCAGUAGCAGCAGCAGUGAAAGCAAUGACGAUACUCGCUAGAACACAAAGAAGUAAGAGUAGCAGUUGUGACAAACCAAUCGGAUCGAUAUGGGAGGAAUAUUUUUUUUUUUUCAGGAGUUCACUCUAUAGAGGAAUAAACUCUCUAGCUAAUAAACUAAAUAAAAGCUACAAGCUAUCGACUUGUGGAAAUCAGUCGUUCUCCUGAUUGUCUACUUGGUAAUAUAUGCCAG